AUGAUUCAACAUCCUGGAAUCAAGAAUGAAACAGCAAUUAUUUUGAAAGGACUUCAGGGAACAGGUAAAAACAGAUUUACAGAUAUUAUUUCUGAACUUCUCGCUGGUUAUUCAUGUAAAAACAUUACUGAAAUAAGUGAGCUAACGGGUAAUUUCAACUCAGUAGUUGAAAAUAAAAUGUUUCUUGUACUUAAUGAACUCAAGAAUGUAGGUGAAGACAGACUCGCAAACUUCAACGCUUUGAAAUCAAUUAUAACGGAUAAUGAGAUUAGAAUUAAUGAAAAGAAUCAACCCAGAAGAACUGCUCAGAAUGUUGCAAACUUCAUUUUCGUAACUAACAACGUCUACCCUGUCAAAAUUGAAGUUGGAGACAGAAGAUACGUAGUUUUAAGAGUUAAUGGUAAAUUCAAGGGUCAAUUUGAUUACUUCAAGAAUUUAAUGGAUUCAUGCACAAAGGAAUUUUAUGAUAACCUUUUAACAUAUUUUAUGCAAUAUGACCUUUCAUCAUUUAAUGUACGAAUCAUUCCGAUGACUGAAGCCAAACAAGAUUUAAUCGAGUUAUCAACAAAUCCUUUAGAUGAAUGGAUAAAUACACAUUAUGAUGAAUUAUGUGCAGGUAUGACGUGUAAAAAUGCUCUAUUCUGCAAACCAUCAGACAUGAAAGACAAAAACUUUCAAAUGAGCAUUAAGGAUAAAUGUGAAAGGAAACAAAGAAAAAUAGAUGGUAAACAAACAUGGUAUUAUGUUUUGAAAGAAGAAAUGAAAGGAUUAUAUAAACAAAUUGAACCAAACGAUAAUGAGGAAUCAUUUACUGACGAUGAAAUACCUGUGAAUGAAGCUUUAUAA